CCCCUGUCAUGUGACAAGGAACUGUUGGUCAGCUGAUUUUGCGGUUAUUUACAUUUGCGAUUACUUUAAGGAAGUAUCUUUAAAAAAGUUGUAGUACUAUUACUCAGUUUAUGAUUUAUAGCAUAUAAAUUAUUAAAUUAACAAAACAAUCCUCGCGUUUAUUUCCGAAUUCAUCCAUUCGUUCAACGCAGCCUGGUUCUCACGUUGAUAUCUAACGUUAGCUACACUGGUUUAAAACUCUUCACAGCACAACCAUGGCUCUCAGCGAUGCAGAUGUGCAGAAACAGAUCAAGCACAUGAUGGCCUUCAUUGAGCAGGAGGCCAGUGAGAAAGCAGAGGAAAUUGAUGCCAGGGCAGAGGAAGAGUUCAACAUUGAGAAGGGUCGACUGGUGCAGACUCAGAGGCUGAAGAUCAUGGAGUACUACGAGAAGAAGGAGAAACAGAUCGAGCAGCAUAAGAAAAUUCAGAUGUCCAACCUGAUGAACCAGGCCCGACUGAAGGUCCUGAAGGCUCGUGAUGACAUGAUCUCGGACCUGUUGAACGAGGCUCGGCAGAGGCUGGCCGAAAUUGCCAGGGACCCCGCCCGUUACCAGGCCCUGAUGGACGGCCUCGUCCUGCAGGGUUUCUAUCAGCUCCUUGAGCCCAAAGUGACGAUUCGCUGUCGGGAGCAGGAUGUGAACCUGGUGCAGACGGCUGUGCAGAAGAACAUUCCCAUUUACCAGGCGGCUGUGAAGAACAACAUCAGUGUCCAAAUCGAUCAGAACAACUUCCUGCCUUCGGGCAUCUCGGGAGGCAUUGAGCUCUAUAAUGCUGAUCGCAGAAUUAAGGUGUCCAACACCCUGGAGAGCAGACUGGAUCUCAUUGCCCAGCAGAUGAUGCCUGAAAUCCGAGUGGAGCUGUUUGGUGCCAACCCGAAUCGCAAGUUCAUGGAUUAAUGGAUCCUUCGGUUUUCAAAGGCCAAGGGUUUCACAACCAAAGUACCAAAAGCAACAUGCAAAGUUCCUUUAAUUACAUGGUCAAGAUUCAAUUUCUGUGUCUCUGUUUUAUAACCUAAAAUGAAAAAAACCUAGUUUUUUCCCUCUCCAUGUUUACUUUUACUUUUUUGUCCAAAGACAAAUUAAAUGCUGGAAGAACAUUCAUUUAUAGAGUCAAAAUCAUUCUGCUUCUCAUCAGAGCUGUUGUUUGAGCCUCAAAAUCCACCAAUUCAGGUCCAACUAAUAGAGACUGUAGCUGCUUUAAUGCUGAUAAGACUUGAGGGUCCCAUUUGAGUCUCCAUUUCAGGGGGUUUCCCUGUUUGAAAGGUCUGUGGCCCCGCCAUGAGCUCAGGGAAUAUUGGAGCCCAUAAUUACAAAUGGACCUGAAUAUUUUAUGUGCCUGAGGUUUUGCAUUUACUGCAACGGUUCUAUUGAUUCAGAUUGACUGUGACUUCAUGUGUUGAGCUUUGUACACCUGAAUGCAAGGCAUGUAUUAAAAUAUAGUUUUUUUUAAAAA